AUGACACCACCAACACUCACAACAACAGAAACGGCUCCAACAACGACAAUCUCAGCCACCUCUACAUCCAGGGGAUAUCAAAUGGGCUCCCGUGGUUCUCACAACAUCGCAAAAGGUGGCCAACACCCCUAUCAACUCCCCCAAUUCACCAACAAACACGAAGAACGUAAAUGGGCCCUCCAACACAUGGCCGGCGCUUUCCGAGUCUUCGCCCGCAAAGGAUACACCGAAGGUACUGCCGGUCACAUCUCCAUUCGUGAUCCUGUCGACCCUACCACAUUCUGGAUCAACCCAUUGGGGAAACAUUUCGGAUUGAUCAAAGCUAGUGAUUUGGUACAUGUCGAUGAAGAGGGGAAUGUCUUGCCUGAUGGGAAUCAGGUUGCGAUCAAUGCGGCGGGGUUUGCUAUUCAUUCGGCGAUUCAUAAAGCUAGACCAGAUGUGAAUGCUGCUUGUCAUUGUCAUUCGACUUAUGGAAAAGCCUGGGCAGCCAUGGGCAGGAAGUUGGAUAUGAUUAAUCAGGAUGUGUGUACUUUUUACAAUAGUCAUGAUGUGUAUACUGAUUUUGGCGGGGUUGCUUUGGAAGCUGAAGAAGGGGUGAAGAUUGCGGCAGCGAUUGGUGAGACUGGGAAAGGGGUUAUUAUGCAAAAUCAUGGAUUGUUGACCGUGGGGAAUACUGUUGAUGAGGCGGCAUAUUUGUUUUCAUUGUUGGAGAAGAGUUGUCAGGUUCAGUUGGUUGCUCAGGCUGCAUUGAGACCGGGUGAAGAGUUGAAGAUUAUUGGGGAUGAAGAGGCAAAGUAUUGUGAAUAUCAUGAUGGGGAUCCUGAAACUUUAUAUACUGAAUUUCAACCUGAUUUGGAAAUGGAAAUUUAUUUAAAUAAAGAUUUCUUAGAGUAG